UUCUUCUUAACCAACAACAAUGGGGAAGAGAAGGGGCUUACACUUGGCUUGAUCACCCCAUUGGCUAACAAUUCUUGCACAAUCUUUUCUAUCUCAGAUUUCUGAAAAGACCGGGUUUGCAACGAAACCCUAGCCAUCCCCAAAGCAAAAGUAGUUCCUUUUCUCUCUCUCUUUCUCUCUGAGUAUGUGUGGAUUGGGCUUUGUCUGAUUUCUGAGAAAUUUUAUGAAAUGUUGAUAUAUCUGUAUGCUAGGUCUUACGAUUUUCAACAUUUCUCUUUAAAGAUGAUGUCAAAGAUUAAGGGAAAUUUGUUCAAAAGUUUGGGUGAAGUUUGUGAUGAUUGUGUUUGUGGCUACUUGGAAAAUUAAUUUGAAAGAUGAAUUGGAAAGAAUUUGAUCUUCGGACUAGGAAAUUUAAAGAAGCAUUUUUGAUCAUCUGGAUGUAUCAUAAACUGUCUAAAUGAGAUUUUUAAUUUUUGUUUUCUAGGUUAAUGAAGGUUUUAGUUGUUAGUCGGCUACUGCUUGUAUAAUUAGAUGGUACGAUGUGAUGGCAGAAACUGAUCGAUGCAUCGCUAAGCAGCAAAGGAAAUUGAAGGAUAUGUCAAUUUAUGCCCCCACUCAUGUUCCUGAAAGAAUGUCGAUGUUGACUUUGGACACAAAUAGAUGUUUAUUUCCAGAAAGCUCUCAGCAGCAAAACGCUGGUUCUGGGACCUUCAAGCUUGAGGAGGAUCCUGCACCACCACCCCCACCCCCACCCAAGGAGAAAAAGGGUCGUUCCACGCCACCAUUGUGGUUUAUAAGUGCUGAAGAGCUGGAUUCCUUGUCAUCGUCUGAUUUUGGUUAUCAAUUAUCAUGCAGGUGGCAGGAGAUCGAUGGGAAAAAGCCUCGGAAAUAAGAGAUGUAGCAAUGCAUGAAGCAGUAAAGGGAAAACACUUCUUUCUCGAAACUGACAUGAAGGGACCAUCCUUGAAGCUUGACAACUCUGGAAAAGCAAUACUAACUGUCCUUCGUCACCUUGGUUGUGUAAGUGAGGCACGGAUUGGUCAUCAUCGGGUGAUCAUUCUUUUGAAGCCUCACUGAUAGGGCUUGCUUUCUGGACAAAUGUAUGCAUUGUUUUUAAUCCUUUUCUGCUUGCAUAUGUUGUAAAUUAACGGUAACUAGUAAGGUGUAGAAGUUGAAAACUGUUUUGGAAAGUUAUGAAAAAGUGGGUUGUUCAGAAUUUA